CUAAAGUGAGUGAAGAAGAGCAGGGCUGCUAGGGAUGUUUUCAUCAUGGCGGCAUCUAUUUCAGGUUAUACUUUUAGUUCUGUGUGUUAUCACAGCGCCAACAGCAACUCGGAUCACGAGGGCUUCCUGUUUGGAGAAGUAAGACAAGAAGAAACCGUCAGCAUCAGCGACACUCAGAUUAGCACUGCAGAACUGGUGCAGGUUGUAGAUAUCCAUAAUCAUGAUCCUUGUGCACACUUGUUUAGUUUUUAUGACUAUGCUGGCAAAGUCAAUGAAGAAGUCCUUAAGAAUAUUCUCAAAGAUAGACGGAAAAACGUCAUCGGCUGGUACAGGUUUCGAAGAAACACACAACAGCAAAUGUCAUUCAGGGAACAAAUCAUCCACAAGCAGCUGACAGAAAUGCUCGGCGUACCCGACCUUGUCUUCCUUCUCUUCAGCUUCAUCUCAACAGCUAACAGCUCCACACAUGCACUUGAGUAUGUGCUCUUCAGACCCAAUCAAAGUCGGUUCAACCAGAGGAUCCCUCUCUCAAUUCCAAACCUGGGUAACACCAGCCAGCAGGAAUACAAAGUCUCCUCCGUACCCAACACCUCAGUCAACUACACCAAGGUUAUCAAAGAGCACGGCGCCGAGUUCUUUGACAAAGAUGGUGUAAUGAAGGACAUCCGGACGAUAUUUCAAGUCUACAGUGCGCUACAGGAUAAAGUGCAGGCAGUGUGUGGGGAGGUGGAACAGAGUGAACGCGUGAAGGAGAAAAUUCAAGAGGAGGUUAACAAGCUUAAACAACAAAUCGCUCUCAGAAAAAGCAAGACCAUGGAGGAGGAGAGACGGCUCCGAGAAGCUCAGAAUCCAGACACUCCUGCCACUCCAGAGGAGAACACGGAACUUUCUGAGAAUUCUCUACUAUCGAGAAUUGGUUUCGACACACCAUCUGCACCGGAGCGGCCUAGUACCUCACCCAAUCCUCCCUCUUACACCGACCUCCUGUCCCACGAUGACUCUCUGCUUUCAUCCCCGGCUGCGCUGCUGCCUCGGCCCCAGGCGGUAGGCUCUCCUGGACACCCCACUCCUGGCCCACUUGGCUUGGGUUUAGGUCUUGGGGCCAGCCUUAAUGCUGUGGCAGCUCCCAGCAGCCCAUACCUCGGCAAUGGUGACGGCUCCAGCUCGGACUCUUUAGACAGGCAAGCGGCGGGGCAGGAGGACGAUGAGGAGGAUGAAGACGAGGAUGAGGAUAGUAGCGAAUAUGAAAACCUAGUGAGCGAAGCCGCUCACAUGUCACUGGUUUCUAACAGUGUAUUAGCUCAAGGCCGACCGGCUGCUCUCAGUCCUGAGGGGGACGCUCGUGGCUCACAGACCACUUAGAGACUCACUUCCUGUGUUUGUAGAGGACACAAUUCACUGAUGCGCGACGUUGCAUCUCAAGCAAUCAAAGGUAGACAGACUAAAGAAGUGCCAGCCGUGAGAGUGAAAGGCAUGCACAGGUGUGUGUUGGUCUCGGUCUGAUCUCUGUUUUCAGGGGCAGCCUUGCUGAACCUCGCUGGUUCAGUCGGUGAGACUCACUAGUCGUUUUGUUUUAUUCAUAUUGGGAUUUCUGGGUACUAAGACAUGGACAUGUUUGGUUUCAGGUAAAAGGGUUGGUGUUCAAAUGCAAUUCCUGCCAACAGAUUUAAGACAAGCACCGCUCUGCUCUUCGUUUUCUCGUGUCACACCUGCAUCACUGCCUCCGAGCAAGCAUUGUUGCACUACUUAGGCUUCCCCUCCAAGACGAGCCUUGUUAGGAUAAUCUGCAGCUUCCUGAUAUUUUUAAUGUGAAAUAGUUGACGUUUAUUUUAUAAUUUCAAGAGAUCUAGAUUUUAUUACAUUUUCUUAACAAGCACUGUUGCUUUUGUCCAUUUUUACAUUCACAUUAUUAUGUUGGCAAUCCAGUCUUAAACGAAUCAAACCGACCACUGCUCGGGUGCUUUACACCAAUGAUUUUGUUUUUCCUGCAUAUUCAAGUCAGUCAUCAUGAAUGUCAGUGUCUUAUUUGUCAACACUGAAAUUAUAAGCGUUUCGCUGCACUUAAUAAAAUUAAAGAUUUGUUAUUAUUGUGCUAUACCAAUGAGAUCAUGUCGUACCACUUGAAUCGUCCUCCUUAAGCACCAUUGGCUGACCGCCGCUCAGCUUUUGUUCAUUGUACAGGGUUCACAGGGCAGACACAAUGUACUGUAGCUUUACUAAUCAGAUGCUAAAGGUUCCCUUUUCUGCUGCAACAACAUGAAGAGCUACCAUCACUAAAUAAUUCAAAAGAAAGAGUCUGUACAUGGCUGCUACCUUCAUGUCACACUGCUUGUUGUCUCUAAUACUGCUGACCGUGAACGUAUAACCUCUUCUUCCUCACUUCCCUAUUAAAGUCACAAAAGGCUGAAACAAA